UGCAGGGACGGUCAUAAGUGGGCAGGACUUAAAGCUCCGGACACAGCAGCAGAGGUGCUGCAGAGUUCAGACCUGGAGCUCCGUGUGCAGGCUCAGCGAGACCGGAGCUUUCUGCGGUGCUGAACCGCUCCUGAGGCUGCUGGUGCUGCUGCUGCUGGAUCAUCACUCCAAGUUUCCCAUCACAUGUACUCAUCUGUGACAACAGCCGGGAAGUAUCUUGAUGACUGAAUCCCCAAAUGAAGACAUUCCUGGUGAUGAAAAUAGACAACUCACUGCAACACGACCAACUGAAACGCAGCUUAUUUACAACCUGCAAGCCCUUUGAUUGAUCCAUGGAACAUCAUCUUCAGCCACUCGAUUGGGAUUUCUUUGCACUUUGUAAUCACAAUAAAUGCCCCUCUAGGGCUGCUACAGGAUAACACUUCACAAAUGGACAAAUAAACUGAGGAUCGUGCCGAUGAUUUGAAGUUAAAGCCGUGACCUCGGCUUUUGUAUUGUUGACUACUCUUGAGGGAUCUACUGUAAUGAAACACUCACUGAGCAUGCCUCGGCUUGCUGCUCGGCUCGCCAGAGGGCUUAUUCAUUUGCGCUACUAAUUUGCCCCGCGGUAGAUCUGCUGAAACUAUUUCUUUGCCCUGUGGCCUUGUGGGAAACACUGUGGCCGAGUUCAAUCUGUUGACAUCUGCCAAAUUUUUAACAUGUGAUCUCCUUCUGGGUUUAGAAAUCAAACUCGCUAUAACAAAGGUGACCCUGCAGAGCCAUGCAUGUUCCUCAUCUCUUCUGACUGCAAAAUAAAACCUACACAGCAAACAAUUUGAACCGUCAAAACAUUCCCUCACUUCCACGAUGAGUGACACAAACUACUGGGUUGUGGACUAUGAAGUCUCCUCUCCUGCUCCGCCCGGCUUCCCCAGGGGCCCGGCGGUGCUGCAGCCCACGGCAGGGCACCCCGAGCAGGGAACGGCCCUGUGUUUUGUUGGCCUCCUCGUUCUGCUGCUGCUCUUUCUGGUUGUUCGCUGCAUCCGUAUCUUAUUAGACCCGUACAGCAGCAUGCCGUCAUCCUCGUGGACGGACCAUAAGGACGGGCUGGACAGAGGACAGUUUGAUUAUGCGCUGGUGUGAAGAUAAGGGGUGAUCAGGAGAUGGAGAGAAGGAUGAAUUUGGAGACAUGUAAAGGUUUUUUUGAGGGACUUCACUGUUUAAAGCUCCUGAAAAUGAAACUGUUUGUUGUUUGGAUGGGGUACUGGAAUGCAAUGCUGUAAAGAUAGCAGCAUAAAAAAAAACAUUAAACCGUAUCUUGUAUGAGGAUUUAAUUCAGAGAGAAAUGGAGGAGACGUACCAGAAGUCCUGCAUCCAUUUUAAUUCACAGUAAAUUAAUGAUGUAUUGGAGACUUAUGGUGUGUAUGAUGUCACACUGCAGCUUCUAGAGUAACACUGCAGGAAGAGGGUGAUCAGUAUCGCAGCAUUACGUUAAGACUCCUGUUUGUCAUGUCAUUUUGUAAUUCUAUAAUGUGUUUACAAAUCCCAGGGCUGAAUUAUAAAAAGAGAGCAGAGCUGCUGCAAGAGAGGCUCUGAUUGAAUAAAAGAGAAAUCGAAUAAGUUUAGGGCAGACAUGGAAGUCAUUUAGACAGAAUUAAUAUGCACUAUUACAGCAGAUUUAAAGCGAGAUCGUCAACUGUAUAUGACGUUUUACUGUUGAAAUGUAAAAAUGACAGCUUUGAGCCUUUUUGGGAAAUGCAUCUGAACCAAGAAUUCAGAAGAUGUCGUAGUUUCUCUGAAACUGGAAACCUUUUAUUUUUAAUGUGAACUAUGCUGGGUAUUGUAAGGUAUUUGUACCACCUCUAACAUGAUCCUCAGGUAAAAUGAUUCCUAACUAACCAAAGCCUCUAUAAUUCGAGGGAAUCACUUGAUUUGUCUUCUGAAAUUGUUUGUGACUCUAUUUUCUUUCAAAUUCCCUGUGUCCUAAAUUUCAAUCUCAUCUCAUUAUGAAAGCUGAUGUAUUAUAAUACAUAACAGUUAACACAACAUAUUUUUAUUUGAGGUUUUGCUAGUUCAUGUCGCAAUCCCUUUAAGAGGCUUAUGAAGCUCAGUUGUGAUUAUGAAAUGCAUCUAUACCAAUUUCCUCUCCCUAAUCCUUUUUGCCUUUAGGGUUAGUGCACCAGCCAAAUCAGUUCAACAGUGCCUGUAGGAAUAUGUGAAAAGCUAAUAUCUAUUUCAUACAAAUUUUACCUUUUGCCUUUUGUUUUGUAAUAUUGUUUCUGCCCUUAUUAAAGUGAAAAGUCCUCUCUUUAUAAAACAAAAAAUGGUUAAGUAUUGAUAUUUGAUUGAUUUGUUAAAAAGUUGAUUUGUUUCAUUAAUGAUGACCAAAAGACUAUUUAUUAUACCAACCUAUUGUAUAUGGUCCAGCUUCCUGGAUGUAGACUCUUGGUUGUAAAAAAAGUUAUUUUCCUAAUGUUUCUUCAAACUGGUAUUCUGUUUUUUUGUUAUGAAAUAAAAAGCUUUUGUCUUGA